AUGUCGAUUGUAAGUGUUUUCCCUGUGGAUGCCGUCACCCUGGUGUUGCUGGGGGCUCUGACCAUUAUCCUCCUGCUGUAUUUCAACAGCGGCUUGAAAAAUCCUGUGAUCAUCAACUACCCUCCGGGACCCCCUUCUCUCCCAGUGAUCGGGAACCUGCACAUGUUGGAUCUGAAGAAGAUGAACAAAUCUUUGAUGAAGCUAUCUGAGAAAUAUGGCGAGGUAUUUAGCAUCAAGCUGGGACCCACAACUGCAGUGGUGCUGACCGGUUAUGAUGCAGUGAAGGAUGCUCUCACCAACAAUGCAGAAGAAUUUGGAGAAAGAGCACACAUCCCAAUAUUUGAAGAUCUUGCGAAAGGACACGGUAUUACUUUUGGUCAUGGGCCAUCAUGGAAGCAAAUGCGAAGAUUUUCCCUCAGCACGUUACGAGAUUUUGGAAUGGGGAAAAAAUCCAUUGAAGAAAAAAUAAUUGAGGAAUCAGAUUUUCUGGUUGCAGUAAUUGAGUCUUAUCAAGGCCAGCCGUUUAAUCCAACUAUCCAAAUUAACUCUGCUGUGGGCAAUAUAAUUUGCUCUCUGCUUUUUGGUGGCAGAUUUGAUUAUGAGGAUGAAAGGUUUGUCAGUUUAAUAAAGAGAGUGAAUGAGAACAUGCGAUAUUUUGGUACACCUAUGGCCUACCUGUACAAUGCAUUUCCACUCCUGAGAUUCCUUCCAGGAAGACACAAUAAAGUGUUUGCCAAUUCAAAACAGACUAUUAAUUUCCUCAAAGACUUCUUCAAAGAAAAUCGUCAAAAACUAGAUGGCAAUGACUUGAGGAGUUUUAUCGAUGCAUUCAUGAUCAGACAACAGAAGGUAAAAGAAUCGGACAACCAUAAUUCAUACUUUCAUGAGAACAACUUAAUGGCUUCGGCAGACAGCAUGUUUACUGCGGGGAUGGAGACCACCUCAACCACUCUUCGUUGGGGAAUGCUUCUGAUGAUGAAAUAUCCAGAGAUCCAGAGAAAGGUUCAUGAGGAAAUUAUCCAAGUUAUUGGAUCGGAACGACAUCCCAGAGUUGAAGAUCGGAAAUAUUUGCCGUACACUGAUGCAGUGAUCCAUGAAAUCCAGAGGUUUGGGGACAUCGUACCACUGAGCAUAACACAUGAAACAGCAGCGGAUGUAAACUUCAGAGGAUACUUCAUUCCAAAGGGAACCCAGGUAAUCCCAUUGUUGUCCUCUGUGCUGUAUGAUAAAACCCAAUGGGAGAAACCAAAUGAGUUCAACCCAUCUCACUUUCUGAAUGCUGAGGGCAAGUUUGUGAAGAGAGAUGCCUUCAUGCCUUUCUCUGCAGGUCGAAGAGUUUGUACUGGUGAGACCCUGGCUAAAAUGGAGCUGUUCAUCUUCUUUACUACUCUGAUACAAAAAUUUAAGUUUCAAGCCCCACCAAAUGUCAAUGAACUGGAACUUGACUCUGUUGUGCGUUUUACUUCAAUCCCAAAGUACCAAACUAUAUGUGCUAUGUGUAGAGCUAUCAAUCAAGUGAUGUUUUACCUGGGUUGCAGCUGUUUCAAAAUGAAUAUCUGGAUCCUGCCAAGGAUUUCAAAAGAAGUCACUACUAUGACAUUUGAUGCACUGGUUGUAAUUUUUCAAGUGUUCUUUGAUGCUGGAAAAAUGCUGGUGAAUUUAAAAACUGACAAUGUGAAGCAAUUAUUCAAAAAGAGCCAAAAUUCAGUAUCCUUAGUCCUUUUUUUAAUUUUGAUUGGAAUUGGUCUAUUGUAUUUAUAUAGUGGGAACAAACCCUCAGCUGCUUUCCAGCUUCCCCCAUGUCCAACUCCUUUACCAUUGAUCGGGAACCUGCAUAUGCUGGACCUGAAAAUGCUCUACAAAAACCUGAUGGAGCUAUCAGAGAAAUAUGGAUCUGUGUUUACCAUUCAGCUGGGACUGGAAAAGAUAGUGGUGCUCACAGGGUACGAAACAGUGAAGGAAGCUCUCGUGGAUCAUGCAGACACAUUUGCAGAGAGAGCAAAGAUCCCAGUGCUGGAAAUGCAGGCAAAUGGCUAUGGUAUUUCCUUUGGACAUGGGGAAUCAUGGAAACAGAUGCGACGAUUUGCUCUAAUGACCCUACGUAAUUUUGGAAUGGGAAAGAAGACAAUUGAAGAUACAGUUACCGAGGAAGCUAGGUUUCUGGUACAAGAAAUCCAAUCUCAUGAAGGUCGACCCUUUGAUACAGCUGUGCCUGUCACCUCUGCCAUGGCUAACAUCAUCUGCUGGAUAGUUUUUGGUGAACGGUUUGACUACAAGGACAAAACAUUUUGUACCAUAACAAAGCUGAUACGUGAAAACUUUAAUCUACUUGGAACUUCUACAGUCCAGAUGUACAAUGCUUUCCCUUUCCUGGGCUUUCUGCCUGGAACUCACAAGAAGAUAUUUGAAAACAGAACACAGAUGGUUCAGCUCAUCCUGAAUUUCUACAAGGAACAUGAGAAAACAUUGAAUGAGAAUGAUAUAGGGAGUCUAAUUGACGCUUUCUUAGUAAAGAAGAAAGAGGAAUCAAAGAACUCGAAUUCCUAUUUCCAUGACAACAACUUGGUGACGUCAGUGACAAAUUUGUUUGCGGCUGGGACAGAUACAUCCUCUUCCACACUGCGCUGGGCCAUUCUUCUGAUGAUAAAGUACCCAGAGAUCCAAAGAAGUGUUCAGGGAGAAAUUGAAAGAGUUAUUGGAUCAGAGAGAGUGCCCACAAUGGAAGAUCGGAAGAGAAUGCCAUAUACUAAUGCAGUCUUGCAUGAGGUUCAAAGGUUUGCUAACAUAAUUCCAAUGAAUAUGCCACAUGCAACAACCACAGAUAUACAUUUCAGAGGAUUUUUUAUUCCAAAGGGAAUGCAGGUGAUUCCAUUGCUGUCCUCUGUGCUGUAUGAUAAAACCCAAUGGGAGAAACCGAAUGAGUUCAACCCAUCUCACUUUCUGGAUGCUGAGGGAAGGUUUGUGAAGAGAGAAGCCUUUAUGCCUUUCUCUGCAGGUCGACGGAUUUGCUUAGGGGAAAGCCUUGCCAAAAUGGAGCUUUUUCUCUUCUUUACAACUUUGAUGCAGAAAUUCACCUUCCAUGCCCUGCCUGCCACCCCCUUAGAUCUCACACCCUGCGUUGGUUUUACUUUAUGCCCACAACCUCACCAAGUGUGCGCCAUAGUCCGUUAA